AACAAACAGGUCCGAAUGGAAGUACGUCAUCUUGCCGUCGAUGCUAAGCGCAAGGCAGCGGGUGACGAUGUUCCGGCCGCACCCUGGAAGCUAACCAAGUGUCAAAAGCUCUCCUCAGAAAAUUUCAUGGUUCAACUCGAGAUUUGCUCCCCGGAUUCGUUCUUAGUCAAGCCAUUGCGUGUUGAUGGUUACACGUUUCCUGGAGAAGCCGCUUGUUUUGAAAAAUUAAGCGAGUGCCUCUCUAAUGUGCUCCCGUCACAUUACACACAAAACCAUGUUGGUGGAGAGGCUUGUGUUUUCAAGCUCACGGAUUAUGAUGCAGUUGUCAAGUCAUUAAAGAUUGAACACAUUGAUUAUAAAGAUAUCCCUUAUGUAACGCGUAGAGCUGUAAGCAUACUGUCACGUCCGUAUGUCGAGGGGCGAUGGGAACCCUGCAGGCCAGAACAUUUAUCUGAUGUAAAGGUAGAUGAAUUAAUGGGGAAACUUCCAAAGUUCCUAAUGGACGUACUGCUCCCUUUCCAAGUUGAAGGUGUGAAGUUUGGAUUGCGUCGGGGUGGCCGGUGUCUCAUUGCUGAUGAAAUGGGCCUUGGGAAAACACUUCAGGCCAUUGCAAUUGCAAGCUGUUUCAUGAAUGAAGGUCCAAUACUAGUUGUUUGCCCUGCAAUUUUGCGAUAUACAUGGGCAGAAGAAUUAGAGCACUGGCUUCCAUCUUGUUUGCCCUCUGAUAUUCAUCUAGUUUUUGGUCAUCAAAACAACCCUGCAAACUUAGCAAGGUCUCCAAAGGUUGUCGUUAUUUCUUACAAAAUGUUGCACAAUUUGAAGAAGAGCAUAUCCAAACAAAAAUGGGCCGUUUUGAUCGUUGAUGAAUCACAUCAUGUACGCUGUACGAAACGACCAUCAUCAGAAGCGGGAGAGACACAAGCUGUACUUGAUGUGUCAUCAAAGAUCAAUCGUAUAGUUCUACUCUCAGGGACUCCAUCUUUGUCAAGGCCCUUCGACAUUUUUCAUCAAAUAAAUAUUUUAUGGCCUGGACUGCUUGGAAAGGACAAGAUUGCAUUUGCAAAAACCUACUGUUCCAUGAGCAGUUCCCGAACUUCUCAAGGAAUUGUCUAUCAGGAUUUUUCAAAGGGUAUUCGCUUGGAGGAGCUAAAUGUGUUGCUGAAGCAGACUGUCAUGAUAAGACGCUUGAAGGAGCAUGUCUUGAUGCAAUUACCGCCCAUACGACGACAAAUCAUAAACUUGGUUUUGAAGAAAUCAGAUUUCGAUUCAGCAAUAGCAAUUUGCAGCAGGGCAAAUGAUGAUGCGUCUACAGAAAAUGAUGUUGAAGAUGGUCCAUCAGAGGAGGAUAAACAUCAUGAUAAAAAUGCUGGUCGCAACUCUUCAAAACCAUCCAAUCAAGUUAUUGGUAUUGCAAAACUAUCAGGAUUCAUAGAGUGGCUACUUAUGCAUCCAAUCAUUGCCGAAUCUGAUGAUGAUGAAAAGUUCGAAUCAAGUCAAAGUUCUCAUAAAAUGAUAAUAUUUGCUCACCAUCAUAAGGUUACCGAUAGGGUACAGGAAUUCCUAUGUGAGAAGGGGAUUAAGUUUGUACGUAUUGAUGCACGUGAUGCAUCUGCCAAAGAUAGGCAGCAAGCGAUCCAUUCUUUCCAACAUUCAAAAGAGGUUAAAAUUGCAUUGGUUGGGAUACUUGCUGGGAGUAGUGGACUUGACUUGUCAGCUGCACAGAAUGUGGUGUUCCUAGAAUUGCCUGAGAAAAUAUCCGACUUCCAACAGGCUGAAAGUCGAGCUCAUAGGCGUGGUCAAACUAAAGCAGUCAACGUUUAUAUAUUUUGUGCCAAGGACACUUCGGAUGAGUCCCAUUGGAAAAGAUUGAAUAGAAGUUUGCAUCGUACUUCAUCUACUGUAGAUGGGAAGUAUGGUUCAUUGAAGGAGAUCAUGGUGGAAGAUGUCUCUUUACUUGAAACUAUUGAAGGAAGAGACAAAACAGAGAAUUUGCUCUUUGAGGGGGAAAAUGAUGGUGAAUCUUCUUCUAUUGAGCUAGUGAGAUGCUCUCAGUAUUCGUGUGGUGAAGAGAUGCAGUCUGAUGAAGUCUUUGAUGGAACUACAAUUUCGAGAAAUGAAGAUGCAAAUAGCAGUGAUUCAUAUCUCAAGUACAGCUACAAGAACAAUGCUUUUAUCGCUCCUGAUGUAAAUAAUGAAGAGCUUAUGGCUCCUAAUGGAACAGUAGAAGAAUAUAUUCAUGAAGGUAGGCGGGAAAAUAGAGUUCUUCCGCACACUUCACAUGAGGCUGACAAGUCUAAUGUGAUGGAACUGCCAAGUGAUGGGGAGCCUAUUGACCAGGUUGAAGCUGACACAGAUUGCAUCCCAGCACAUUCUCUCCGCUUUGAGGUCAGCAAAUACACUGGAAGAAUCCACUUGUAUUCAUGUAUCCUGGGAGUAGAAGCAAGGCCUACCCCAUUAUUUAAAAAUUUCCGACCAGAGGAACUUGAGACAAAAGAUCCUCCAAUUCAUGACAGCAAGAAACUGGCUCGUAAAUGUAUCAAUUACGAUUUAAUAUACAGGCCUGCUCUUGUGUAUUUUGUUAAAGAAUGGAACAGUCUCAGACCUAUUGAGCAAAGUAAAUUAUACAACAAGCCUCUGCAACUUCCUUUGGCUGUUGAGUUGUGUUUGAAUGAAAGCCAAAACCAUGACAAAGAGGGAUUGCUAAAAGGAGGAAGUAAGAAGCGUGGUACGUCGCUAGAUGAUAUAAGCCACCCCCUCCCCCCAAAUGCUGUAUGGAAGAGUGUUUCUCUUUUUCAUGGCAAAAAAGAGAGACAUUACCUGCAGGGUUGGACACUCCUUGGUGAGCCGCUCUGUAAACUGUGUCAAAAAGUUUGCAAGAAGAAGAGUGCCAAGGAGCCUGAAUUCUUUGAGGACUUCUUUUGUGAUUUGGAGUGCUAUGAAGAAUAUCGUUUAAGAACUAGUAAUAGAUACCUACGUAAGGGGCUUGCCCAGAUUGAACAUGGCAUAUGUACAAAUUGCCAUCUCGAUUGCCGCAAACUUGUGAAGAACAUCAAACCUUUGUCACUUGAGAAACGUAGAGAGUUUGUUAUGAGAGAAGCACCAAAGAUGGCAGCUCGUCGAAGUUUACUUGAAAAGCUCAUCAGUGAUCCAUCUGAGGGCAAUGCAUGGCAUGCAGAUCAUAUUGUGCCUGUAUAUCGAGGGGGAGGUGAAUGCAGAUUAGAGAACAUGAGGACCCUUUGUGUUGCGUGUCAUGCUGAAGUUACUGCUGCUCAAUGCACUGAACGACGCUCAGAAAGAGCAAAGGCUAAGAAACAACUUAACCGCAUGCUGGCAAAGCUCAAAGCCGUUCAGGACGCUGCAAAGAUCACCGAAGAAAAGGAUCAUGAUGAAAACAACACGUUUGAUGAUGAACUUCUCGUCAACGUCCCGGGGAGUUCCUACGGUACAACGAAUAACGUUUGUAACUGAUCAUGUCGUUGGGAUCUUCUAUUAGCCUGGUGUGAGGAUGUAAAUUGUGUAUCGAGAUGACAAAUUGUUUUAGUCAAAAAUCAUAGCAAUUGUAAUUUUGAGAAAUUGGGACAAAAGACAUGAGAUCGGUUGAGUUACAAUCAGUAUUUCUGAAUGGUUUUCUGUAAGUAUAAAUUAUUUAUAUACUACAAAUAAAACUACAUAAU